AUGCUCGAAUGAAAACAAUUGUCAAAAAAUCUCUAAACUACAUCCAAUCUCGUACAUGUGUAGCAUUCUUCGAGAAUGCAACUGCCCCAAAUCGAGUACGGGUAUUUAAAGGCACCGGAUGUUGGUCAAACAUUGGAAUGAUAGGAGGGGUACAGGACCUGUCUUUGGGAAAUGGCUGUGAUGUGGUGAGAUCGCUUUAUUACAAAAUCUCAAGAAAAUGCUCAAGAAUCUUGCAGGUUGGCAUUGUUGCUCAUGAGUUUUCCCAUACCCUCGGAACAUUUCAUACACAAAUGCGAAGUGAUCGCGACGAUUAUGUUGCGAUUGAUUUGAGGAAUGUACCGGUAGAUCAGCGCGGAAACUUCGCAAAGCUUUCCACAUUCAACUCCAUCAAUUAUACACCUUACGAGUAUGGCAGCUAUAUGCACUACGGAUCCAAUACGUAUGAAACUCUUUUAAAUCGACCGGCUGGUUGCGGUGAGGCAUUAGUGGCAACCACGAAAUGGAAGGCACCAGCUGGAAGACCAAUCCAAGUUCGUGUCACUUAUAUGAAUGAACUGAAAUGUGGCACCGGUUGCAGAGUGAAUUCCAUUGAACCUAAGGUCAUACCCGAUAAGAGAAUCACCAAUCCUAGGUAUAACUUUCCCUCCAGUAUUUCCUCAUUUAAAGGGAUUUGUUGCAAUGACAUGUUGAACUACGCACCAGCUGGAAGACCAAUCCAGGUUCGUGUCACUUAUAUGAAUGAACUGAAAUGUGGCACCGGUUGCAGAGUGAACUCCAUUGAACCUAAAGUCAUACCCGACAAGAGAAUCACCAACCCUAGGAUUUGUUGCAAUGACAUGAUGAAUUACGUUGUCACCAGCGCACUCAAUCCUACACCAAUAAUUUCUUACAACAGACUUCUCACGACAACAUUCACAUUUCAUUACAGAUAUAUAUAAUC